AUGAAAAGUAUUAAGAGCUCUAACACUGACUUCAGAUUAACAAAGGCCUAUAGCAUAAUAACUGACUUUAUAUUUAGGAUCGACAACAGUAUAAAGAAUGAGCCUCAAUUAUCCUUUCCCCGAGGAUUUAUUAUUGAACGGAUAAGACAAAUAGUUGAAGAUACCGAGCUGUCAAGUAUAAAGGGUAGGUUUGCUAAUCCUGCAAUGGUAACAGUUAUAGAACAAAUAGAGACGCUAACAGACAACCCAUAUCUAAGUAAUUCGUUUGGAAACAAGAUUAGAAUGGAUUUUGGGACUGGCCACGAGUUAAAUUUUCUGUGUUAUCUUUAUUCGUUGGUCGAUGGAAAAGAUAAGAAGAUUGAAAGCCCACCAAUAGUAGUAGACUGCAGGGGAGGCCUUAAGAUAGAGCUGUGCCAGGUGAGUAGCAUUCUAACGGAAUACUUUAGAAUUAUACGCUUUUAUGUUGAAAAAUUCAAUAUAGAACCCGCUGGCUCAAGAGGAUGCUGGUGCAUCGAUGAUUAUUUACUUCUUCCCUAUCUUUUUGGAUCUUCAGAGUGUUUUAACAGCAGCAUGCCUGUUGAGUUGGUUGGAAAGGGAAUGUUUAGAGAAUCAUGCAUGAGCAACCGCUCACCAAUGCUGAAGAAUAUUUGCAAGCUUCCCUGGCAGAAGAUUAACCAUGGGAUGAUAAAAAUGUAUGACGAAGAAGUAUUAGGAAAGAAAGUAGUUACCCAGCACUUUAUCUAUAGCGAUAUUCUGCCGAUAUGA